AUGGUGUCGCUUCGAACUGUCCAGGCUUCAAACCAGGCCUUGCGAGCCAUCCCCAACAUCACCGCUCUCUUCGUCGGAGGAACCAGUGGCAUUGGCCAGAGUACAUUACGACAGCUGGCACGACAUGCCGCGAAUCCCACGGUGUACAUCGUCGGUCGCAACCAGAUCCGAGCCACCCCGUUCCUGGAAGAGUUGCAACAGUUGAACCCCCAGGGCCGCUUCCAUUUCGUCGAGGCCGAUGUCUCGCUAAUUGGAAAUGUGGACCGGGCAUGCAAGCAAAUCAUGAAUCAAGAGAAGCAUCUCAACUUCCUCUUUAUGACCCCAGGUGGAAUCUCGCUGGGCGGCCGCAACGACACGGUCGAGGGCAUUGAUACCCUCUUCGCACUCCGCUACUAUUCGCGCAUGCGAUUCAUUCAAAACCUGCUCCCAUUGCUCGAAUCCACCGGCCCAAGUCGCGUGGUCAGCAUCUACGGCGGCGGCUUCGAAUUCUCCAUCAACCCAGACGACCUGUCUCUCCAACACAACUUCUCUUUACUCAAUGCCUACAAGCACUCGAUCACCAUGACCUCGCUCAGCAUGGACCAUCUCUCGCAGAAACACCCGGCAAUCAGCUUCAUCCACGGGUAUCCGGGGCUGGUGGGCACCAAUAUCUACAGCAACAGUUUCCCGCCGCCCGUGGCGGCUCUAUAUAACUACGGCAUGUGGCCCUUGAUGUGGCCCUUCUCGGUUAAUUUGAAAGAAAGUGGCGAGCGGCAUCUCUUUCAUCUGAGCUCUGCGCGGUAUCCGGCUCGGAAUGGGGUUUCGACUCAGGGAGUUCCGGUUGAUCCCUCGGACGUCAGUACUGGGAUUGACGGUCAAAAGGGGAGCGGGGCUUAUCUGUUGAAUUGGAGUGGUGAUUCACGGCCUACAAGGAGUAUUCUGCGCGAGUAUCGGGACCAGGGCAUGGAUGAGCGAGUGUGGCAGCAUACGGUAGAUUUGUUGCAAGCGGCAGUGCGCGGAUGA